CCAAACGUUCCUUAAUCCUUUCUUCCAAUUCACAACUCAAUCAACAACAACACUAUCGACACCGAUGGACGAAAAAUACGCGAUAACAGAGAGAGUUUCCCACACGCGCUCUCCGAAAUCAUCACCACCACCUCUUCUCUCCGUCACCGACGACGAAAAACUCGUCUCCGGUCUCAGCACAAUCAUCGUCGCUUCAAUUCAAGAAGCCAAAGACAAAAUCUCUCAAAUCGAGUACGUUUUCUGCAAUCAACUCUACCCUCAUUUCCAAUCCACAUCAAAAAAAUCCGACGCAAAACGACGCCGUAUCAUCGAACUCAAACAAGAACUCGACGAAGGUAUGAAGCUUCAGAACAAUCUCCUAGAUCAAAUACGUUCCAAAGAAUCGUUACUAAAAGCGUGGGAAGAGAAGCGAAAAUCAGCGAUCGCGAAACUGGAGAGUUCCGAGAGCGAAAAAGUGAAAUUGUUAGAGAAAUUAGCUGAUUUGGAAGAGAGAUUAGGGUUGAAAACGAAAGAUGUUGAGGUUUUGGAAUUGAAGAAUGUUGAAAAUGAGGGUUUGUGUAAGAAAUUGGUUGAACAAGUUGAAUUGUUGACGUGUGAGGUUAAGGAUGAGAAAUUGAAGAGGAAUCGUUUGAAUGAAGCUUAUAAGAGACUUAAAUCUCAGCAUGUUUAUCUUCGUCGAAAGGUUGGUCUAAAUGAGGAAAAUAUGAGGAGUGAAAAUAAAGUUGAGAGUGAGAGUGAUUUGGUUAAGCAUCAAAGUCCAAUUGUAGAACAAGGUGUUGCAUUUGAAGACCGUGAUAUUGCUAUGGAUGCUUGUGUAAAUGCUAAAGUGAAGUCUGAAAUCCCAGAUGAAGAUUUUGAAGGCCUUGAGAACAGAACUCCUGAAGUGUUUGUUCCUGUGUAUGACACAAAUGAAGUGAAGGAGAAGGCAUUGGAGGAUGACAAAGGAGCCCAUCUGUGUCCUCCUCCUUCUUCAAGUUUCCACGGUGUCCAAAAAUGUCCACCCAGUACAAAAUUAGCCUCUGUGUCUGGUACAAAGCGGCCUGCACCUUCCUGGAGACAAACCCGGUCUCAUCAAAGUCGAGCAGGCCAUGACCUUCACGAUGACUUUCUUGAUACACCUCUUGAAAAUAUUAGAGAUAAUUUAAAUAAGGAUUUGAAUAAGGAAGAUCUCCCACAGGCAAUUCAAGAAGACAUUAGCAUGGAUAGCACAGAUGACGAAACACAGGAUUUGAAUGCCAAAAGCAGUCCCCAGAAGAAGCAGUCUUCAAUUACAGUGGCCAAUAAAAGGAGUUUCAAGUACAUUGAGCCAGUGAGAAAGAAGGCUGAGCGAGAUAAUUUAAAAGGAGUUGACUGCAAACAAUGUCGGAAGUUCUAUGAAGCUGUUCUUCCUAAUGCUGAUGGUAAGGACCCUGAUGGUAAGCAGAAUAUUCGUUGUGAGCAUCAUGAUGGUGUUUCUAGGCAUCGUUAUAGGUAUGUUCCUCCUAUGACUCCUGAAGGAUUUUGGAAUAUUGGAUUUGAAUCUGAAUUAUAAGGAUACAGCCUGAUUAGAUUACUGUUGUUCCAUCUAUACAUGGAUUCAAUAUUUAAUUAACUUUUGCCAGCUUUGAGUUUAACGGUAAAUCUAGAACGGAGUUAUUGAAAUCCUGAGGUGCAUAAUAGAUUGAUAUAAACAUCUGAUAUCUGGAUCAUAUCAUAAUGUCAAGACACAAGAUAUUUCCUUGCUGUUGUAAGCAUACUAAACCCGUUUGGCAGUCAUACAUAUACUAAUAAUGGUAACCACUUCAUGCUUACCAGCAAAAACAAAUUAUGCUCCCAUUUUUUUAUUAUAAAAAUUAAUAAAAAAUCUGUUUCGAACAAUUUUCGUUUAUUGUUAAUUUAUCUUCUUGGUUUUUUUAUACUGUUUCCUUAAACACGACGGCAUGGCUUUUGAUUAUUUAGUGUCUGGUGGUUUAAACCGUCCAAGGCAAGUGAUGCAAACUUACAAAUAAACUGCAGUUUUCUUAACCUCUUAAUGCCAUGUUCCACUACACAUGAGAGUUUGCCUUUGAUCAAGCACCUCAUAAUUUGCGAGAUAACUUUCCAUUGUGUCCAUGCUGAAAGCAAAAUAUUAGAAAAGUUGAAAAUUGAGAACUGUUCUUGUAGCACAAGAAGUUAUUAAUGAUGAUUCACCAAGCUUCACAACUUGAUCUUGUACUUGUGCUGCAAAUUCAGUUCUCCCUUUUUCUUCCCCGCUAAAUUAAAGUACGUCAUAGUUUGCAGAUGAUGUUUGUAUACAUACGUGAUCAUGCACUGUAGCACUCCUAUUACAUCUGGCAGUAUUUCCUUCAGAAAUAUGUGCGUUUCUUUUGGGUUUGAACAUUAAAUGCCCAAAGAUUAGGGAAAGACUUCCAUGCUUUUUAUAUUCUAGCCCGUUUGAGUUAAUGGUGAUAGAAUGGGGUAUUUACUUCCUUGUUGAAAGAUGAUAUGGUGUAAAGACAUCUUAACUUUGAGCAUCCCUGGUGCUCUUUUUUGGUUUCAAUAUGCUUUUUGCUGAUUAAAAAAAUUUGGCAGUCACUUAGGGUGAACAUACGGCCAAAUGUAACUAUUAUUGUGCAAUAUAUAGUUGCCACCUAAAUAAAUGUCAAGUCAUCCAAGAAAACCUUUGCAUAGAUCUUACAAAUAUGUAUGUUUGUUUACUAAAAUGGGUAAGAAAGGGACACUUCAUGGGUAUGUUACAAAGAUUACCAAGAAAAAGAUGGUUAGGGUGAAAUUAGUUUUGUUGGCUAUAAGUUGGAGGAUUGUUAGAAGGAUGUAGCUGAAUUUGUUAUGCGUGGUGACAUGCCAUUUAUGGCUGUAAAAGUAUGUGGUUUUCAUAAAAUGAUAAAUCAAUUUGAGCCCAGAUUAAUAGUUGCAAGCAACGAGGGAUUGUUACCAACUAUUUAUAGGUGACAAAAGCUUAAAAAGUGGUUUAUGAAAUCUUGCAUUCUUGUUUGUAUUACGAUUGAUUACUGGAUUUGAAACCAAAAGUUAGUAUGCAACUCCUUGAGGACACAUUUCAUUGAUGAAGAAUGAAGACAACAUAAAAGAAUUUAACGUUUGCCUAAUUGAAAACCAUAAAGGUGAAAUGAUUAGAAGAUAAAUUAUAGAUGUUUAAGAGAAGGAGGAACUGAAAAUGCGUUUGCAAUUGCUGUUAUGCAAAGCUCAAAUAAUGAAGUCGUGUUUUUUAACUGCUAAUGUUAGCAAUUAACAUGUUAGUAUUUUUCUCCUUUUUUAGAGUUUGAACUUUGGUGUCAUAAUUUUUUUCAACUCUUUUAACCCUUAACUCAAAUCAGCUUAGCUAUUCAACACCUCUGUAAUGAAGUCAUUUCAAACCUUACAAAAAGAUGUUAGGGGUGGGUGAGUGUGUAAUGUUAAAUAUUUGCAUAUGAAGUGUCAUCUUCAUUCUAAAUUUGGUUUUAAUUUGAAGGGAAAAAAAACAUCAAUUGUCUCUGAAGCUUUUGAAAUGCUUUGCAUUUUGUUAGGUCUUCUCCUCUAACAUUCAAAACUUUCAAAGAAUGGAUUGAGGCUAAAAUGAUUGAGUUUCAAAGUCUUGUAUGCUUAGCUGUUGCAACUAGGAGAAAUUUUAUGUAGAAGAUCGAACAUUAAUUUGAUAGACUUUUAUGAUAUAGAAUUAGACGUUCAGAAAUUGUUAAGCAUAUAUAGAGGAACAAUAGAUAAUAAAACGGACGCCUUUGCCUACUAGUCUUGACUGUAUGUAGCAUGUUAGGAUAUUUGUUUAGUUAUUGAAAGUAAUUUGAAUUUCCCUACUUUUAUAGUUUUAUGCAUGUAACAUUAAACAAAUACUUUUACGAAGUUGUAUUAAUACAAUUUGAGUUGAUAUAUCUUGGAGUCAAUCAUUCUGAGCUCUAGGUUGUUAAGUUCAAUAAGUAUCGGGACAAUAUAAAAAAAUCCAUCAAUUUUUGUUGCUCUCUUGGAUCCUGGUUGCAAAUUGUUAUAUCAGUCAGAGUUUAUUGAAUAUACUCCACUCGGUCUCAAAAAAUAAGCAACAAAGUCUAUGUAUUUUCUUAUAAAUACACGGACAUUUUGUUUUUAAUAUUUGAGAUUGUGUGGAGCAUAUGAUAAGGAACUAACAACUAAGAUGUCUGAUUUGACAUUGUAGGCUUACAUCAAACAAUAAAUAAUAAACCUCUGUAAUGAAAUACAUUGAACUAGCUUUUUAUGAAAUUCAACGACAGGUUAUGGAUGAAUUAAUUACAUGGGACAUACAGGAUAUGUUAUUAGCUAUAUGGAAGGUAUAGAAAAAAUAUGGGUGGCUUUAUUUUAUUAUAAAAAAAAAAAAA